CUGUCGUUGCUGCCGUCGGUGUCCUACCAGCAUCUGUUCUUCUUUUGGUAUUAAAAAUAGACCGGUACUGAUAACAGACUUAUGUUUCGGCUGCAUCACUUGCCCUCGGGAAUCUUUUGUGCGCUACUUUCAUUUUAAUCACCGAACCGUUACCGCGAGAGCGCAAAUGCGCAUCGGUCUGCGCAUCUUUGAAUCUUCAGAACCACACUGUGGACAAUCUCCCUGACACCCAAGGACCUCUCCCCCGCAAUCCUACGAGGCUUCUUCACCGCUUAUGGCCGCACAUCGGCAUCCCUGAGCCGCCGGCCUCGUCCCGGACUUUUCACUCAUCGCUGCUCUCAAAAGGUCUCAGAAUCAGGGAGACAUUUCUACAGGCACAUCGAAUCCGUGCUCGGCUGGCUAUUUUUAAAGAACCCGGUGCAAUGCUGGGCCCAUCUCUCUAGAGCUUGUGAUCACUAGCCUGCACGAUCUCUCCUCCCACAUUCGUCCGACCAAGACCCCGGUACUCUCAUCGAGCCCAACGAUGCAUCGUAACGCAGUGAUGCUCGCGGCGGUCCUUUUGGGGAACUUGAUGUUACCUUUCAUCUCCGCACAAAACGCUGGGUUUGUGAAGUCGCCACUCUCUGAGACUAAGCUUACAGGAGACACCUUUGAGCUGUACUGCGAGGUGGUUGGUAUCCCCACUCCAGAGAUCCAGUGGUGGUAUGCUGAGGUCAACCGAGCUGACUCCUUCAAGCAGCUGUGGGACGGAGCCCGCAAACGUCGGGUAUCCAUCAACACGGCCUACGGCACCAAUGGGGUCAGUGUGCUCGGCAUCACACGCCUCACACUGGAGGACUCUGGGACCUAUGAAUGCCGGGCAAGCAACGACCCCAGGCGCAAUGACCUCCGACAAAACCCGGCCAUCACUUGGAUCCGCGCCCAGGCCACCAUUUCGGUGCUACAGAAACCAAAGAUCAAUGCCUCUGAUCAGACCAUCCUAACAGCAGAUGCCUCUAGCAAACAAGUUAUCCUGCAGUGUAACCUCACCACUGCCCAUACACGUCACAAGGAAAGCUUCUGGAUGAAAAAUGGGCAGGAGAUCGGCAACACACGGACAGAACGCAAGGACACAGUAUACAGAAUCAACAAGCCACGUGCGAAUGAUUCCGGGGAAUACAUGUGCGUUUACACAUUUGACACGGCACCAAAUGCAAACGCUACAAUUGAAGUAAAAGCAAAACCUGAUAUCAUUAGCCACAAGCGAAGUGAAAACAAAAAUGAGGGGGAAAAUGCGACGCUUUACUGCCGGUCUGUUGGUUACCCACAUCCCACCUGGACAUGGCAUAAGAUGGAUGGAACAUCCCCAAUGGAGCUCGACAACUCGACUGGGCGAAUCUUCAUCACUAACAGAGACAGUUACACAGAGCUCAACAUACUAAACCUGGAUAUCAACACAGAUCCCGGAAUAUACGAGUGCAACGCCACUAAUGCAAUUGGAAACACUGCCGAGACUACAAUACUUCGAGUGCGCAGCCAUCUUGCACCGCUUUGGCCUUUCCUGGGUGUGCUGGCAGAAAUUAUAAUCCUAGUCGUCAUCAUUGUUGUGUAUGAGAAACGCAAGAGGCCAGACGACAUUAUCGACGAUGAUGAACCAGUUGGACAAAUGAAAACAAAUUCAACAAACAACCACAAGGACAAAAACAUUCGCCAGAGGAAUACGAAAUAAGCAAUUUACUCAAAUGAGAUGGCUAAACUGCAUUUUUUUGACUACAAGAAGGUAUCAGAAGUGGAUAGAGCUCCGGGCAGUUUU